GUUUAUUAAGACCUAUUAAAGCUCCCUCCCCUGGCCCUGAUAUUAAAGGUCACGCAUACUCUUGAAAUAUUUGUCUUGAAAUGUAAAGCAUACCUUAUGCACAGCCAUCGUCGUUUGGACCAAACUGCAUGUUUCUUUGGGCAGUUCAAUGACGUACUGAACGUCUAACCUGCCUUAGACUAAUCUUCGAGGUAAAGUUAUUUUCUAUUUUCCUUGCAAAAUUCAUUUUUAUUUCUAUGAGCAAUCUAGAAAAGCGCACCCGACGUACCACUCUAACCAUGCAGCGGCGGAAGCAGAUUGUAGGGUUAAAGAAGCCAAUUAUCAGGGGAGCCAGAAAGCAAAAAAUACUCAUAACUUCUGUUGCAGGAACCUGAAAGCACCCAAAUCAGAGGAAAUUCACCAUUCUGUUUCAUGGGAACAUUAUUUGUAGUGUCAAACUUCAUCAACGUUAGCGCCUCUUCAAUACAUGUAUCGCGACAGCUCGAUUCGACAGUGAAGAUCCAUUGCAAAUUUGCGACAGCAAAUUUGAUGUGAAAAGAUCUUAUUCAGUUGUUAAUUAGGUGAGUGCCCAAGUUUAUCGUGUUUUUAUUAUAGUUCAGGGAUGGUUAUUAAGUUUAUUAUGAUAAGGAGCUUGGUUUGAUUCGCGACAACCUCGCUUUGUUUUCAGGUGGACCUUGAACUCGAAAAACAAUGACGCUUUCUUUGUCGUUUACACGGUUUGGCUUUCAAUCAAAAUCUGAUACAAACGUUAAACGUCGACAGUUGCAACCAUUGUGAUUCAUCUCUUGGUUAUCGCCCUGAUUCUCUCCUGCUUUCCCCUCCGUAGAGGUUUAAUGGAACGUUGUUGAAUGUUGGUUGCGCAAAGCGAAGUGAGCUUCGUGAGUAUGAGGCCAUUAUUUUAGAUACCUUGUUUACAUAAGCCCCGCUAUUAGAUACCUCGUUCUCACUAAUUUAGGAACUAUUGUAGACAUCGUGAUUGACAGUUAUUUGAUCCGUAACCGGAAAUUCCAAAAAUCAUCGUCGUUCUACGCGGUAUAAAAUGUGAUAGGGUCAAUUCUGGUAAGUAAUUUUCUGUUUCUUAAAACUUGCAAAGCAGAUUAAUUUCUAUUUGACUGAGCGAUCAGACAAAUAGCAUAUUCGUUUCUUGUAAGGAACCGGAAAUAAUUUUCACACGAAGAGAGAGAAUUGCAACAAGUUGAAGCUUUUCUCAUCAUGUUCGCGCUUUCUACGCAUCUUUGUAAAUGUCAGUUGUCUAAAGAGCGAAAAGUUUUAUCAGUACCUUUAACAGAGACAGUGAUGAAAGGAUUUUGGUAAACAUGCGCACCUUUUAGACCGAUCCGGUCAAUUGGCACAAACAUAAACGAUGAAAUCCCUCUUCAUAUGGUAUCCUUGGCAACAUCGUCCCUCCCUCGGCUGCAAAACAACGACAGCCAAAAAUUAAGUUUCUUGUUGCAGACUGUCGUGAAUGCCGUACGGCCGUUCUUCACGAUAUCACAGUUUAAAGCAAAACAGGGUUUAUUUCACAGCUUCAAUCCUCACAGUACAAUGGCUCGCUCACACACUACACAAAAUCGUGACUUUUGUGAAUCUAUAAGCUUUAGCUUUUAAUCCGAUCUGUCAGCAAGUUCUCUGUCGUUCUGACAGGCGAGUGAAACUGUUAAUAACAAAAUUUAAAAGGAAUAAAAUCACGCCAUCUCACAAUCACGCUACACUCUUGCUUCAUAACACUCUCCCCCUGUUCAUCGCGAAUACUGAUGAACAAUUUGAUUGUUCUAAAGGUGUUGGACAGGUCUCUCCAGCUAAGAUCUUCCCGCUCGCAGUUUAGCCCCUCUGACAACUCUGUCUCGUCCAGUCAUCAGCUGUUUAAAUGACUAUUCCUAGCUUCCACAAUCCACGAUUCUUUUCUUCGCCUUUAAUGAUGACAACAUCUCCCUUAGCUAGGGUCACCUUACUUCCUUUGUGUUUUAAAUUGUGCUGCUCAUGCAAGCCUCUUAGAUAUUCUGAAGACCACCUCCGCCAUAGUACGUCUUUACAUUUCUUCAGGUACCCUGCACGCCUUCUCAGGUCUUGGUUCUCCAACUGAUGGCUCUGUGUUUCAGGCAAUAGAUUCGGGCGGCCAAACUGCAACAGGUUGGGGGUCAGUAUGGGUGAUUGAAUGUCCUGUUCUACGUAGCUCAGCGGGCGGUUAUUCAUGGUAACUUCAACGUCCAGAGGGGCAUCCUGUAACUCGUCCACGUAAGCAUACCGUUUCCCACUGUCUUGUUAAAGGCUCGUUUGACAAGAGCAGACCAUCCUCUCAAAUUGACCUCCCCACCAGGGUGCUCUGGACAGGUUGAACUGCCACUUGACGUCGACUUCGGCUAGGAAGUUAUGCAGGCGUUCAUCUUUCAUCACGUUUCUCAGCCACUUCGCUGCUGCCACGAACGUUUUACCGUUAUCGGAAUAGAUUUUCUCUGGACGGCCCUUUCUGGCGAUCAGGCGCUUAAGGGUGCUGAUGAACUCGUUAGUCUCCAAGGUUUUAGUAAGCUCUAGGUAAGGCGCUCGUGUCAGACUACAGGCGUACAGGACAAUAUAGGCUUCCCCUUCUCUGUUUUUCACGGCUUGUGCGGUACUUGAUGAGACUGGCGUAGUCAACACCAACAACUUGAAAGGGUGAAUUUCCUUCAGUGCGGUCGCGAGGUAAAUUUCCUUGAAGUGGAUUGGCGAACGCAGUGAUCUGAAACCGUUUGCAUCCGUAACAUUGCUUGAUUACUCGUUUAACAAGCUUGCGCAACCUUGGUAUCCAAUGAGAGUCUCGCACGUUGGCCAUGGCUAGUCCUACUCCCCCGUGAAGAGUAAUCUCAUGAGCGUGUUGUACGAACUUCAGAGUGUAGAAAGCACUGUCGAGGAGAUAGACGGGAUAGUUUCCCUAGAUUCUUCCACGGCACUCGAGAACCUCCUUUCGGUUUGGCUGCAGGUUAAGUCUUAACUAGUCUUCCUGGAAUUGAUCAGAUCCGUCCCACUGUUUUUGAGUCUUCUUCUGCUAGAACAACCUCUGCUUGUUAAUUUCCUCGGUAGUUAAUUGGCCUCUGAUUCUCUGAGUUCUUGGGGAUUUGCUGUUGCGCAGGAAUCGUGCGACCCACGCCCCCACUCUCAAUGUGCGCUAAAGGGAUGAUCUUAGUAACAUUUCGUCCAUAACAUCGUUGCUUUCUACUGCUAAGGCAAAAAUCUGCUUGGAGGCUUUCGCUUCUGCGUUAGAUUCUGGGCUUGAAGUCUGAAGGGUUUUCUUGGCUCGGUACAUGCCUCCAUGUGAUUCCAAUUUUCUGUCUGAUCUUGCGGACCCGGUUGCUGACAAACUGCUUGUAUUCCCCGCAGCCCCUUAUCCAGUGUACGGCGACACUACUGUCUAGCCAUGCGUACAAGGACUUAACUGGAAACCCGAUCAGUGCAUCUCGUACAUUAGUUAGCAAGUUAGCCGCCAUAUGACCAGCCACUAACUCAAGUCUGGGGAUAGUAAGACCUUCUUUGGCGAGACGUGCCUUCGCUGGGACGAGUCCCUGCGUCACCACUGAAUGUUGCCGGACCACUGCAUAAACACCUACUGCUAAUCCCUGUCCACUUGCAUCGCCAAAGGCAUGAAGAGUAAUUUCACGGAUUUCUUCUCCGGUUACAGCUAAGGACCUGGGUAACUUUAACUUGAUCAGGCAGGUUAUUUUCCCACUUGCUCCACUUUUUUGCGAUUUGUAAUGGAAUCUCUGCGUCCCACGUGGUCUUUUCCUUGCAUAUAUCGCGUUACACAGUCUUUCCUUCUAGGUUUACGGGCGCAGCAAAACCGAUGGCGUCGUAGAUCUUCGCAAUUUUGCACAGCACACCUCUUUUGGUAGGGUCAGCAAUCUCUGUAGGGAAGGUUACAGCUAUUUUAUCAGCUUCUUUAUUCCAUCGCAAUCCCAGACACGCGCCUGGUUUCUCUCCUAGCUGUUCUUUAGCGUAAGUAAGCCCAACUUCACUGUCAGUUGUUUCGGUUAAUUCUAGCUCUCUAGCGUUUGAGCUACAUUUGCGUAAAGUGAAGGUGGCCUUUGCAAUUAUUUCUGUUGCAGUCUUCUUAACUUCUCGCGCCUUUUCAACUGUAGGACCCCCCUGUCGUAGUGGUGCAACGAUGGCAAAGAAAUGUACAAAAUAGCGUGAUUCACGUGCAAAGUUGUUGUUUGUUGAUAAUGUUUUUUGCCGUUCUCCUUGCCGUCGCCGUCAUCUUUGGUUUCGUUGUCAUCCAGAAAAAGUGCUACCGUGGUAACGUGACGUCACACUUCUUCUCUCUCUUGGGAUCGUCUAUUUAAAGCCUCAGUGCAGUCCGUGACGUGAGGCCCGUGGAUCGGGAUCAAUGGGCAGUUGGCUGCCUGGCUUAGUAAACUGCUGGUUUUCAUACAAUACGAUAUUUCUGUCUAGUGUAAAUCAGCCCAGUGGCGAGUAGCUUUAUACUCGUUGAACGACAAUUAUUUUUGGAAUUUCCGGUUACCUCAAAUUAGUCACGUUAUACUGUCACGCUAUAUUCUGGGGGACAGAGGGAUUGGGGGAGGGAUGCGUGAAAAUAAUGCAAAUCGUUCCCUGCUUAGAAUUGAUGGCUAACUUGUUUAUUUAUUUAUUUUUUCAUAAUGGUGGAAUUUAAAAAGUUACUAUACAGCCCCCACUUAAAAAUGGUUCUCAUUAUCUUUUUGAGAAAGUCUUUCAAAAGGGUAUAAUGUUCUGAAUGAGUUUAUGAUUCAGUCUCGCAUUAGAUUGUAUGUCCCGCAAUGGUCGGCGACAAGGUUUUAUGGUAGCCUGAGUGUGUAUAGCCGCCCCCUCCCCGCAGAAAAAAGUAGCCCCUUGGCAGCCCAGUUAAAAAUCGCCUUUCGGCGAUUCUUGUUAGGUUUUGGUUUUGGUUUUCGUUAUAUAAUUUAAAAGCAAAAACGAAAAUAGAGAAGUCAAAGCAAAACUGAAAAGUAAAACGAAAUAGAUGGGUAAAAAUCAAAAAGUUAGGAAUAAAAAGGGAAAAGUAAAAAAUAAAAAUCGAAAGGCUAAAUAGCGAAGUGAAAAUCAAAACGUUAAAAACGAAAACGGAAAAGUGAAAAAUAAAAACGAAAAUCUCAGCCCAAAAGUAAUAUGGCGAAGUGAAAAGCAAAAACUUAAAAACAAAAAUGGAAAAGUCAAAAAUAACACGAAAUCACCAAGUGGCCCCCCUUGGCUUCCGUAACUACCCUUUGAUUUAUCAUGAAAUCAAAUCACGUUUUGUGCCGGUUUCUUUGACUUUUACCCGCAACUUUGUUUAUAAAAAAUCUUUUCUGGGAGACUGAGACGAGGAAGAAACUAGUGGAAACGUUUUUAUAAAAAGAACAACUGCUGUAUGGUAGUUUGCGAAAUAAAUAAACGAAACGUCUUGGUUAAUUUACAUGAAUCGAAUUAUGCAUAACGCAUCCAACUGUUUACGGUAGCUAUUUCCAUAAAUGGGGUAUAUAGGAAUGUGCCGCUGUGAAGGGUAUGGUUUUCAAGCAGUAUAGUCUGGGAUAGGGUGCAGAAAUCAGAAAGGGUGUGUCUAGAAUAGGGUAUCAUUUUCGAGAAAGCUGAUCCAUUGACAACCUCGUCCCCAGGGCUUUUCCCUUAAAAGCCCUGUGGACGAGGUUGAUCCAUUGACUGAUGAUAGGCAUGCGAGUCAGGUUUUGGCAGCGAAGCCGCCAUUCUCUCGCGCGAAUUCGCAACUCCCUGCCUCAAUGCGCGCUGACGUGACGAUUCCGCCAGCUACUAAGGCUAAUGGAAGAUUUUAGUUUAGACUAGGAAAACCGGGAAUUGACAAUUAACUGAAAAAUAAGAUUGGCAAAUUCAAAUUUAGCCGCGAGUCAGAUAGCGUCGAUAUAUAGAUGGGAAAUAUAGUGAAAUAGGAUAGCAGGUUUAGUAUAGGAAAAUGUUUCCAGGGGACCAGCUACAUAUCCCCGCCCAAAACGUCCUAAUUAUGAAGUACCACACCAGGCGGCACGGAAAGUCAGUUUAUUUGAUUUAAACCGGCUUUCCGUUUGUCUGUUAGUUACUCUUGGAGCAUUUCUCGUAGGCAAUUUUUUCCCUCUGAUAGCAGGACAAUGUAAUAUAAGGCUAUCUGGUUGUGCCGUCCCAAUUCGUAUAGGGUCGCCGAAAAGCAUGCGAUCGCGAAAUACACUGACGAAAAACGCAAUUUUUGGGAAUGAAGGGGAGUUGAGUUUAAUUGUUGAUAAUUUCUUUCUUUCAUCAAUUUUAGUUCCUUCACCUACUGCGUUUUCUAAGUGGAGAUGACAGCACUGCAGCCGUUUAGUGACGAGCAAUUAAAUUUCUUUAAGUUCUCGUCCUUAGUGUUAAAUGAAUUUCCCAAAGCCUUACGGCAGACCUUUAAAACCAUGUGGGACAACACUCAUGGACAUCGCCCCGGUUUCCAGCUCUGGGAUAAUUCCACUGCUGUUAGAAAUAUGUUCGACUCUGAAGAAGCAAAAAGUGGCAAGAAGACUAAAGUUCCUGUUCUUCAGUCUUACAACGAAUGGGAUUGUACCAGUCUGUUCCAGGCUACUAUACUUGCGCGGUCCUUUGCCUCACCAGCCAGUACAGGCCCCUUCACCACACUAAGUGAUUUGUACGUGAAGCCCUGUGCAGUACCUCAUGGUAGUUUCCACGCAUGUGUGGUCAGCCCGAGUGGAAACAUGGCGGAGACCUUUGCACUUGCAAUUGACCAGCUCCGCCUUCUUAGAAAUUCCCUCUGUCACUCCAUCAGAAGUGAGAUGGACAAACCGACUUUUGACCAGCGCGUUAAUUACGCUAAAGACGCGUUUCAAGCCCUUGGUGUCUCGACAGCACCAAUUGAAGCACUUGUUAGUUUGGCGGAGUCAGACUUUCCCACAAAUAAAGUUCGAAAACUGGAGGCAAGAAUCCGAGACGAGACUCGGGCGUACAUCAAAUGUCUCGAGGACUUUAGGGAAGGUCUGGAGAGUGUGAGUUCAGACAUCAAUGAUUUAAAGCAACAGGUCGAAGUGGACAAUGCCAGCAAAGAAGACAUCACUAGGUUGGAAAAAAAGAUUGAUGAAUUGAAAGUAGGAAGAGACGAACAUGAUAAUCUACCUGACAAUUCAGGUAAGAUUUUGAGAAACUGUUCCAGCCGAAGAGUCAGUUUAUGGUUUGGACAAAUAGUAAGCAAAUUUCAAUUAUAGGACUGGUUAAUUCAGCUAGUCCCAUUGACAAAAAAAGCCUCAAAUCCUGACUUUUCUUUUUCAUCAGAGCCUUGAGAUUGUAACGUAGUUAAAAAAGUCACAGUUUAAGCCGCGGAGAGUACACUUUUUUCCAGUUAGGGUUUGUUUGCACCUACAAGUCUUCUGUAUCUCAAUGGUAGAGCAUCUCUUGACUCCAUUGACUCCUGUUGGGAAGUUCUAAGGUUUUUUUCUUUUGAGCCGUCUUCCAGACACUGCCUAUAGAACAUCUUUCUCAAGUUUUUGUUAUGUAUGAAAAAAAAAAAAAAGAACUAUAAAGAUUCCUAACAUAAAGAGAUGAAAAAAUGGCCUUGGGUCGAUGUGAAUUCACCGCAAGAAUAUCAUUUGUACAUUGAAUGAAGGGUCAAAAUUGACUUAUUUAUAAUAUAUAUUUAUUUUUGAAGAUUUUAACUGAUUUCUUUUUCACUUUUGGUCUUUUCUCAUCAUCAAAGGUACGAGACCAUCGCUCUUAAGAGCCUACCUUCCUUCAAUGGUUCCUAAUUUUGUUGGGCGACAGAGCGAGGUUGAAGAGAUCAUCGGGCAUGUCACUUCCGAUUCCACCCGACUUGUGUCGAUCUGGGGUCCACCUGGAUUCGGAAAAACGUCGGUUGCAAUUGCAGUGGGACACGCUCUUCAGACUCAAGGGCUGCCUAUGUACUGGGUUUCAUUGCGAGGACUUCAGUCAAAGGCGGGUCUGACUUCAAAGUUUCUUAGUCUUCUAACGCAACCAACCAUUGAAGAAAAACAACUGUCCGAUGAGCGUCUAUCCCUUGAUGAUAAGAUUUGCCAACUAUUCAGUGCAAUAUCAGAACAAUCUGCAUUUAUCCUAGAUAAUGCUGAUGAUUUGUUAGAAAGUGGUCGUCCAAAAGUGAAGGAAGAGGUCAUGCAACUUCUUGAAGAAAUUCUGAGACAAAAUCCAAGGGUUACAUUCAUUGUAACUACAAGAGAGUCCCUUGAGUUUAUGAACGUCCACUUUCAAGGCCAUCGAGGUUUAAGAAUAGGAACAUUGGGCGAAGCCUCUGCCCAAACGCUAAUUCAUGAGUUACUUCCAAAUGCGAACGUUGCAGACUGCAGAAAAAUCGCACAACUCUGCGGACAAGUUCCUUUAGCUAUGAAAUUAAUGUGUUCUUUGAUAUCUGAAGACAGUGCUUCACCACGCCAUUCUCUGGAUAAUUUCAUGACAUCUUCCUCAGAAGGUAUUGUCGAAAUGUUGGACAAUCAGGAUUAUCCGACCAGUCAUCGAUUAAAGUUCGUCUUUGAUUCCUCAUUCCAGAGACUUGCUGAGCAAGAACAAGAGGCACUAAUUUCUUUAAGCAUUUUCCCCGGAAAUUUCAGUACAGAGGUCGCUGCAGCCGUUUUAGGUACGAAAACCGCUUUCGAAGCCAAAAGAAUGUUACAAAUUCUGCGGAGGAAGUCACUGAUUGAUUCAAGCUCUAAACCCGGGGCUUUCACGAUGCACAAACUCUUGCAAUCAUUUUCAAGAGAGAAAGGACACACUGAUAUGAAAGAGACGAUUCUUAACGCAAAAGGUCGUUUGAAUGCAUUCUAUGUCUCACACUUUCAUGAGCUCAAUGAACAAUUUCUCACUGGGCAUUCCUUGGCUGCAUAUGUUGCAUUCUAUGAGGAUAAAGAGAGCAUUAUUCAAAGCCUAAUAGAGGGAUGUUUUGAUUCCAAAACAGCUGACAGCGUCUUUCAAAUUUUGGUCAAAGGGGAGUUGUUUCUUGCCUCGCUUUUUUGGAGUGACGCGAACAAGUUUCUUCACAUAUACGACACUGCCAUAAAAGCAGCCAAUCUGCAUGGAAAGGAAAAAUACCACAGACAGCUACUUUCUUCAAAGGCUUUUGGUGAGGUAACCUGGGGGCGAAGAGGACAGACGAAUCGUCUUCUCUCUGAAGUAAAAGAAAAGCAAGCAGCAUCGUCCGAUGUUUCUAACCAAGAAAAAGGCAAAUGCUUGUGCUAUUUAGGAAUUUUUUACCUUACUGCAAACGAAUCGAAGAACGGAGUCCAGUGCUUAAUAGAGGCGCUUUCAUCACUGGAAAAUUGCAAGAACCCAGAGACGUUAAUUCUGAAGCUUCUUAUUUUUCAGAUCCUGGGUUGCUAUUAUGAGGCCUUAAAUGACUUCUAUAAUGCGAGUAAUUUCUAUUUCAAAUCACAACAUUUGUGUUCUGCAGUGGGAGAUUGUAAGCUGCUUAUAAUUCCGCCACCGAAAAGCAAAGCAAAGGGCGCCAACAAUGAAAUACAAGUUGGAAAGAAGUCAGACUCCAUGCUCAAUGAACCCCUUGAAUUUCAUUUUGCCUUUCUCUUAAGCGAAGCUACAGAGUUUUUCUCCGACGCUAAAACCAAGCAAUAUACAAGUAACUUGGUUCUUCAAAUGUUAGAGUGUGUCGAAAAAGAGGUUAUAAUUUCACUUGGCUUGCUAAUGUUUCAUAGCGCCCUGGUACAACUGUUGAGGGAAUUAAAGAGUGAAAGCCCUGUGAAUUCUUUUUGGUCAAGAAUCAAAUGUCAUGAAAAAACACUCGAACAAUGCCAAGAAAGUUUCCUUACUAAUGACAAAUAUGGUGGUAACCGUUAUAGUCAAAUGCAAACUGAAGCGCUUGUGAAAUGUUACAUAGACCUGGGUGAAGUUUACCGGCAAGAAAAAAAUUACUCAGGGGCACUUCAGUCAAACCGGCGAGCGCUUGACAUAGCAACAAGGUUCUUUGGAGAGGACCAUGAAAGCACUGCUGACAGCUACAGGGAACUCGGUGUAACACAAUACUACAUGGAUGACGACAGCGCAGCUCUAAAAUCUCACCAGCAUGCACUAGCUAUCUGUAUUAAACUAUUUGGAGAGGAACAUGAAAGCACUGCUGACAGCUACAGUCAAGUCGGUGUAACACAAAACAACAUGCAUGACUACAGCGCAGCUUUAGAAUCUCACCAGCAUGCACUAGCUAUCCGUAUUAAACUAUUUGGAGAGGAACAUGAAAGCACUGCUGAUAGCUACAGGCAAAUCAGUCUAACACAAUGCAACCUGAAUGACUACAGCGCACCUCAAAAAUCUCACCAGCAUGCACAAGCUAUCCGUGUUAAAUUAUUUGGAGAAGAACAUAAAAGCACUACUGCCAGCUACAAAGAACUCCGUAUAACAAAAAACAAUAAUCAUGACGACAGCGCAGCUCUACAAUCUCACAAGAACGCAUUGGCUAUCAGUAUUAAACUAUUUGGAGAGGAACAUGAAAUCACUGCUAAGAGCUACUGGGAACUCGGUGUAAUACAAAACAGCAUACAUGACUACAGAGCAGCUCUACAAUCUCACCAGCAUGCAAUAGCUAUCCGUAUUAAACUAUUUGGAGAGGAACAUAAAAGCACUGCUGACAGCUAUGGUCAACUCGGUGAAACACAGUACAACAUGCAUAACUACAACGCAGCUCUCCAAUCUGAGCAGCAUGCACUAACUAUCCGUAUUAAACUAUUUGGAGAGCAACAUCAAAGCACUGCUGACAGCUACAGUCAACUCGGUGAAACACAAUACACCCUGCAUGACUACAGCGCAGCUCUACAAUCUCACCAGCAUGCACUAGCUAUCCGUACUAAACUAUUUGGAGAGGAAAAUAAAAGCACUGCUGACAGCUACGGUCAAGUCGGUGUAACACAAAACAACAUGCAUGACUACAGCGCAGCUUUAGAAUCUCACCAGCAUGCACUAGCUAUCCGUAUAAAACUAUUUGGAGAGGAACAUGAAAGCACUGCUGAGAGCUACACGGACCUCGGUGUAACACAAAACAACAUGCAGGAAUACAGCGCAGCUCUACAAUCUCACCAGCAUGCACUAGCUAUCCGUAUUAAACUAUUUGGAGAGGAACAUGAAAGCACUGCUGACAGCUACAGGAAACUCGGUGUAACACAAUGCAACAUGCAUGACUACAGCGCAGCUCUACAAUCUCACCAGCAUGCACUAGCUAUCCGUACUAAACUAUUUGGAGAGGAACAUGAAAGCACUGCUGAGAGCUACUGGGAACUCCGUGUAACGCAAGACAAAAUAGAUGACAACACAACAGCUAUACAAUCUCACCAGCAUGCACUAGAUGUCCAUAUAAAACUAUUUGGAGAAGAACAUAAAAACACUGCUGACAGCUACAGCAAACUCGGUGAAACACAAUACAACAUGCAUGACCACAGUGCAGCUCUACAAUCUCACCAGCAUGCACUAGCUAUCCGUAUUAAAGUAUUUGGAGAGGAACAUCAAAGCACUGCUGACAGCUACAGUCAACUCGGUAAAACACAAUACACCCUGCAUGACUACAGCGCCGCUCGACAAUCUCACCAGCAUGCACUAGCUAUCCGUAUUAAACUAUUUGGAGAGGAACAUGAAAGCACUGCUGACAGCUACAGGGAACUCGGUGUAACACAAAACAACAUGCAUGACUACAGCGCAGCUCUAAAAUCUCACCAGCAUGCACUAGCUAUCCGUAUAAAACUAUUAGGAGAGGAACAUAACAGCACUGCUGACAGCUACAGUGACCUCGGUGUAACACAAUACAACAUGCAUGACUACAGCGCAGCUCUACAAUCUCACCAGCAUGCACUCGCUAUCCGUAUUACAGUAUUUGGAGAGGAACAUGAAGGCACUGCUGACAGCUACUGGAACCUCGGUGUAACACAAUGCAACAUGCAUGACUACAGCGCAGCUCUACAAUCUCACCAGCAUGCACUAGAUAUCAGUAUUAAACUAUUUGGAGAGGAAGAUAAAAGAACUGCUGACAGGUACUUGACCCUCGGUGAAACACAAUGCAACAUGCAUGACUACAGCGCAGCUCUACAAUCUCACCAGCAUGCACUCGCUAUCCGUAUUAAACUAUUUGGAGAGGAACAUAAAAGCACUGCUGACAGCUACAGGGAACUCGGCGUAACACAAUACAUAAUGCAUGACUACAGCGCAGCUCUAAAAUCUCACCAGCAUGCACUAGCUAUCCGUAUAAAACUAUUUGGAGAGGAACAUAAAAGCACUGCUGACAGCUACAGGCAACUCGGUGUAACACAAAGCAACAUGCAUGACUACAGCGCAGCUCUAGAAGCUCACCGGCAUGCAUUAGCUAUAUGCAUUAAACUAUUUGGAGAGGAACAUGAAAGCACUGCUGAGAGUUACAGGGACCUCGGUGUAACGCAAAACAACGGGUAUAACUUCGGCGCAGCUCUACAAUCUCACCUGCAUGCACUAGCUAUCCGUAUUAAACUAUUUGGAGAGGAACAUAAAAGCACUGCUGACAGCUACAGGCAACUUGGUGUAACGCAAACCAACAUGCAAAACUACGGCGCAGCUCUACAAUCUUUUCAGCAUGCGCUAGCUAUCCGCAUUAAACUAUUUGGAGAGGAAAAUGAAAGCACUGCUGAGAGCUACAGGGACCUCGGUUUAACACAAGACAUCGUGAAUGACUACAGCGGAGCUUAA